UUAGUGUCUACCAUUGGAGGAAAAAUUUUGGAGUCUAUUACAAAUCGAACAAAAACUUUGAUGGAAAACAAAGUACUAUUAUCAUGUCUUCACCUUGAUCCACGGUUCCAUUCAACAUUGACUGGUGAUCAAAAAUUGGAGGCCAUUGAAUAUUUAUACACACUUUGGGACAGACUUAACGAUGUUAGUCCUGCUGGCAACAUUCAUUCAGAAUCUGCUCAAAGUGAAAAAUUAUUAAAUACCACUUCUGUCAGCAUGGAAGAUGACUUGUUAGAUGAGUAUUUGGCACAAGGAAUUCUAAGUAAUACAGUCAGCACCAACGACAUAUAUUCCAAAAUCAAAAAUCUUCAAUUGCCUCCCAUGCGAAGUGAUGCAAAUGUCCUUAGCUUUUGGAAAGAGAAACAAAAUACGGAUCCAGAAUUAUAUGCUCUUAGUAAUGUCUGCUUUGCGGUACCCCCCACACAGGUUACUAUUGAACGAGCAUUUUCGACUUUAAAGUUGGUCCUUACCGACAACAGAAAUCGACUGAGUGAAGAAACACUGGAAAACAUAUUGCUAGUCAAGUUAAAUCCAAAUUUUUUAGAUGCUGCAAUAGAUACUUUGCCGCUUUUUCAAAACGAUGAAUUUGAAUAAAAAGGGUUAUGUCUAGCAA